GGGCGUGUCCAGAUUUGUUCCAGCCGACAAACUUCUCCACCGGCAUUCGGCAACCAUUAAUGACAAUCAAUGACUCACAAAAAAACAAAAGACAACACUAUGGAUGUACAACCUGUAUUUUAAAGGAUUUACACCCGCUAUUUAAAGCGUUUUCGUCGACCAUGUGACCGCGAACAGAAACUUUGCCAUGCCUCUAAUAUCUGGAGAGGUCCUUGAAUAUUUGUACACUGUUAGCUGGCUGACGUUAGCUUAAUUAGCUUAACUUGUCAACAUCGUAAAUGCUAAUGGAAGACGGUGGAGAAGCCUCCUCCUCCUCCUCCGAGGUUCGGUCUGUGUCUUCUCACGUUGAUGUUCCGAGGAUACCGAACCCGCAGCUGAAGAAGCUGCUGUUCUUUAAAGUGUACAAGAGGAGGUGGUUCGUGCUGCUGGUGCUGUGUCUGCUGAACUGCUCCAACGCGACGUUAUGGCUGACUUUUGCUCCAGUAGCGGACCAGUCUGCCCAGUAUCUGAGAGUCUCUCUGGAGGAAAUCAACUGGUUGUCACUGGUCUACAUGGUAGUGGCCAUACCGCUCAGCUUUGGGACCACAUGGAUGCUGGACACCCUCGGGCUACGGAUCACACUGAUACUAGGAUCCUGGCUUAACAUGUUCGGAGCCCUGCUGCGCUUCUGUGGGACACCACUGGACGAAAGUUAUGUACCCCUGUACCCUGUGGUGAUGCUGGGCCAGACCCUCGGUGCCAUAGCUCAGCCCCUCAUCAUUUUCACCCCGACCAAGCUGGCAGCUCUGUGGUUCCCUGACCACCAGCGAGCCACAGCUAACAUGAUCGCCUCCAUGUCCAAUCCCCUGGGCGUCCUCCUCGCCAACGUCAUCUCUCCCAUGAUGGUUGAAAGCCCUUCACAUGUCCCAACACUGCUGAUUGCCUAUAUGGUCCCGGCAUGCAUCAUCUGUUUCCUAGCAACAGUGGGGAUACGGAGCAGUGCCCCUCCAACACCACCUUCAGCCAGCGCUGAGACAUCUGGCUCCGAACCAUUCCUACAGGGACUUAAACUGUUACUGAAGAACAAAGCCUACGUCGUCCUGCUGCUGUGCUUCGGUUCGGGCAUUGCUGUCUUCACCUGCUUCUCCACGCUGCUGGAGCAGAUCCUGUGUGUGCAAGGAUACACAGAUGACUUUGCUGGUGUCUGUGGCGCUCUCUUCAUUGUAUUUGGCAUCAUUGGCGCCGGUGCUCUGGGUCCAUUUGUCGACAAGACCAAGAAGUUCAUCGAAGCCACAAAGAUCAACAUGAGCUUCACUGCUCUUGCAUGCAUCGCCUUCUCAGUGGUGUCACAGCUGCGGCAGCAGAAAGCUGCCGUUGCCGCUGUCUGCUCUGUUUUUGGCUUUUUUGGUUUCUCCAUUUACCCGGUGGCCAUGGAGCUGUCUGUGGAGUGUUCGUAUCCGGUAGGAGAAGCUUCAUCAGCCGGACUCAUCUUCAUAUCGGGACAGGUUCAGUCGGUUCUCUACAUCAUCAUCCUUCAGGGUUUAACCAAACGGCUCGCAGACUCUCCUCUGUCGACUUGUGGGAAUGUAGUCCUGAGCUGGAGGGUGCCCCUGAUGGUGAUGGCGGGACUGUGCAGUUUUUUUACCUGCUGCUUCGUGAUCAUCUUCCACACACGAUACAGACGACUUGAGGCAGAGGAACAGGCGUCUUACGGGACCAAACAGAGCAACGGCUCACCGACCUCUGAGCACGCUCCGACCGUGGAGAGCUGAGAGGCUCAUGAUGAUAGAUAGACAGAGAGGAUUAUGGGUGUAAUCACAUCUGCAGUUUGUUACGGUGACCUCAGAUUUAGUUUGUUGAUUCUUUUGUAUGACUUUGGGGCCUUUCUUUAUACAGUACAUUGUUACAAUAACAGAAUGUACAUUCAUUCUAUAGUGUCCUUCUAUAUUGAGACAAAAGAUUUAAUGCUUUUACAUUUACGUCUGCAGAGAGGAAACCAGCCUGCUCUAGAGAUCCCUGUUAGCAGGGAAGUAGUUUUCUUGAUUGAAGAAAACAUUUAACAUUCCUACAGUGAUCAUGUGUAGUUAAAUGACUUCUGAAUUCCCACUUGGUCUUAAAACUUUGAAACAAACCAAAAACAGGAAGCAACUGAUAACAGAAGCUUUUUAAGCACGUGGCAGAGGAGUUUGUGUAUCCACAUUCCUUCUAAACACCAAAUCUACUUCAGUGUUUUGUUGCAGGAUGUCUUUCAGCAGUCACCAAAGCAAAAUCAUGGACAUUAGUACAACUUAAAACCCCUACAGGUCUAUGGCUGUUUCCUGCCACUCUGAUAAAUUGGGAUUCUUUCAGUCUCAGACUGAUAUCAGGCCCGAUUGUUGUAGUUCACUGGUUCCCAACUGUUUGGACUUGUGAACCCUUAGAAACCAUGUUGUCCUGACCUCUGUGUGCACGUUUACAGGUUAUAACCAGUUUCUGAUUUUUCAUGCCAAAAGUGUUUCAUGUAAAACUUUCUUGAGGCCUAACUACUGAUCUCUGUUUUAGAAGACAAAAACAUUAUUGACAGAGACAACAAGUAAGACCGCAAAACUGACAAAGAAGGAAGUUAAUUCUGCUCGGCUAGGCUCGAAACCUUUAAACAGGUUGAGAUAAUCCCUGACUGGAUUUAGCACCAACCUUUAUUAUUUGUGUUCUUAGUUAAAUGACCAAAAUGUUCAACAAACUGAUAGAGGUUACAACAAAUACAGGAAACUGUAUUUAACAGAAAGAUGUAGCAUAAUUGGCUAGCUGUGGGUGUCUGACUGGUUAGCUGUUACUGGAUUUACCUGAUUUUUUCUUUGAAAUGAUUCAUUUCUGUGGCAUUGAACAAUUUAUAUGUUUAAACAAAUGUCAACAAGUCAGAUCAGAUUUUAACAUAAUUACAGUCUCAUCCUGUCGUACUAAAACCACUAUCAAUGAUACUGUUUGCUGACAUACUUUGAACAAUAUGUGUUCACAGGUUUUCUGUCUCUAGAAACAAGCUGUUUCUUUUUUGUUAACAACUGUGUAAAGAAUACUGUUGUUCCUUUAAUGUUGUUCUGUGUACUUACAUUUGUAAAAAUCCUUCAUCUUCGGGUAAAACUGAUUUAAAGGCCAUUUAAGGCUCAGACAAUUGUGGGUUUUAUGCAAUAAACAGAAAAUUCAGUACUUGUACUGAUUCUGUACACUGUCAAAAUAAACUGUGGUGGGCCUAAUCCAAACUAUUCUGUAGAUUGUACAUGGAGUGACAUUGGUACAAUGUAAUAAACACCAAAUGUGUUAUUUUAAUAUUCAUUAGAAUAUUAUUAAUAUAUGAGAAUUGUUUUUGUUUUGUUAUCCACCGGUCAAGACCACUAAAACUGUUUUGUAUUACUGGAUGAUGUAAACUGAUGACAGUACAUGUCUGAAUUUACCUUUAUCUGUAAAACGCACACAUCUGGAGCAGGAGGCGGAAACAGGUUUUCUAGAGGCAAAGACUGCCUAAGGAAAUUCUCUCAAGGUUUCUGUGUUAAUGCCUUAAAAUGUCAAUAAAAUGUUACCUUACUCUGUU